AUGACGGUAGAAGAUCAGACAAGCACCUUGCUUGCCACUCUGACCAACGCACUGGAGUCCGCGACCUCAGCAUUCCCCGACACAGAGCGACAAUUCCUCCCGCCCAGUGAAGGCAUUUCUCUCCUCGACGUCAAGAACGACCUCCUACUCUCAUACCUACAAAACCUCGCUUUCUUGGUGGUCCUUAAACUGCGCAAUGGCUCUAGCAAGGGCUCAGGUUCUGACGAUAUUGCCUCGGACGUGGUGAAAAAGCUGGUCGAGUUAAGAAUCUACCUGGAAAGAGGCGUCCGCCCGCUCGAAAGCAAGCUGAAAUACCAGAUUGACAAAGUGGUGCGGGCAGCGGAAGAAGCGGAUCGGCGGACGACCCAAAAGGUGUUUGCGAAGCAAAACUCCAAGAAGCCUACAACGAAAGAGCUUGCGGGUGAUGUAUCGGACGACCUGGACUCGAACGAAGAAUCAGACGAGGACGAGGACGACGAUGCGCACGUGAAAGGCACGACGGAUGCCGACUUCUCAGCGGCUCCGCGACCAGCUGCGCUUCUACAAAGUGCAGGCGCAGCGAGGAAAGAAUCGGCAAACUCAAAAUCACGGUCCACAGCGUCUGGCGCGUACAAACCACCACGUAUCACACCCACGGCAAUGCCUAUACCAGCCACACAAAGAGACCGCGAUGCUCCCGCCGCACGGAAACGCAAGUCGCAACUCCUAGACGAGUAUAUCGACGAAGAAUUGUCGACAGCACCUCGCGCUCAGCCUUCCAUUGGCUCUAACCACACGAUCGUCAAACAUGGUCGCGGCGCCAUGUCCAACCGCGACCGGGAGAACGAACGGGAAAGAGCCGAAUAUGAGGAACGCAAUUUCGUCCGACUUCCCGCGGAGAGCAAAGCCGAGAGAAGGAAGGCCAGACUUCGAGGUGAGGCCGACCACCGGGAUCUGUUUGGUGGCGAGGACUGGACAGGUCUUGGUGGCCUUGGGGAUCGGAUCAACAGGACUGUGGCGGGACGGUCAAGAGAGGAGAAAGGAAGCUUGCUGGAACGGAGACAAAAGAGAGGACGGGACACGCAAGAUGGACCGAGAGGAGAUGGCGUGGGUAUUGGUGAAAGUUUUGAGAAGAGAAGGAAAGUCAUGCAGCAGAGGUUGAAUAAGAAAUCUAGAAGAACGGGCUGA